AUGUCAUCCAAACCUAGCCUUGAUAAGAAACGAAGAAUAGCUUCCCGGUCAUCAGUCCAGUCUGCUCCAAGUUCUCGGACAGUGUCAAUCCCAGAACCGGAGCCUCCCAAAGAGGAAACUCCCAUAAUGAUGGGCACGAGUAUUGAUGACCAGGAAGAAAUGGUAGAAGAAGACCUAUUUGAGGGAAUGGUAGAUGUGAAGACGUUCUUCCGAUGCCGAAUGGUGUUGACAGGCCUAGCAGAGGCUACGUGGACAGAGGAGCAUGAUCAGAUCCUGGACCAGUUUAUACAGGACCCUGGAGAGCCCAUCCUCACGAUUUUCAUCGACUCCUGUGCAGGGCUUAAGCUAGAACUGGGGAUACCCAUUCAGAAUCAGAACCAGAUCAUGUACUUCAUUCGACAGUCGCCUGUUCCCAUCACCGCUGCGAACUUCGAGAUGACAGUGCAGUUUGGGACAGUUCGAGGUUCCUACAUCCCAGCUCUGCUUCGUCUGCUCAAUGGCAUCUAUGCCCCACAGAUUUUUAGCAACUCCACCUGGCCAGAGAGUAUCCGAAACCACUUCUCCUCUCACCUUCACAAGUUCUUGGCCUGCUUGACAGAUACUCGGUAUAAGCUGGAGGGACACACUGUCCUUUACAUCCCCAUGGAAGCUUUAAACAUGAAUCCAGAAGUAGUAGUGAAGGACAAGGAGCUGGUGCAGCGAUUAGAGACUUCCAUGGUGCACUGGACCCGACAGAUAAAGGAGGUGCUCAGUGCCCAGGAGGCGGUAGACACUGGUGAAAACUUGGGCCCGCUGGAAGAAAUCGAGUUCUGGCUCAACCGGUGCAUGGACUUGUCUGGAAUCAGUAAACAGCUGGUCAAGAAAGGAGUAAAGCACAUAGAGUCCAUCCUACGUCUCGCCAAGUCUACUUACUUGAGUCCUUUUCUGAAGCUGGCCCGACAGAUCCAGGAUGGUUCUGAGCAAGCGCAGUCAAACCUGACCUUUUUGUCCAUCUUGAAGGAGCCUUAUCAGGAACUGGCAGCUCUGCGGCCUAAGGACAUCCCUAGCAAAUUCCCUUUACUGCUCAGUCUCAUCCGAAUUAUCUGGGUCAACUCUCCCUUCUAUAAUACUCGUGAGAGGCUCACCUCCCUCUUCCGUAAGGUUUGUGACUGCCAGUACCACUUUGCUCGUUGGGAGGAUGGCAAGCAGGAGGAUAUGCCCUGUUUCUCUGGUGCUGAAGGGCCCCAAAUAGCACGUAAUUUGUUGGAGAUUGAGGACAUCUUCCAUAAGAAUCUGCACAUGCUACGGGCUGUUCGUGGGGGCAUCCUGGAUGUUAAGAACACAUCUUGGCAUGAGGACUAUAAUAGGUUCCGGGCAGGAAUCAAAGAUCUGGAGGUGAUGACACAGAACCUGAUUACCACAGCCUUCGAGACAGUUCGAGAUGUGGAACAUGGAGUGAUGCUGCUGGACACCUUUCACAGACUUGCAAGCCGUGAGGCUAUAAAGCGAACAUUUGACAAGAAGGCGGUGGACUUGUACGUCAUGUUCAAUGGGGAACUGACUCUGGUGAACCGGGAACUGAGCAAGAAAUGGCCCUAUAUACCUCCAUAUAUGGGCCAGUACUCUGGUCACGCCUUUUGGGUGCGCACCCUGCGUCAUCGCCUUGAUCGUACCAUGAAUUGUCUCUCAUCUGCCCAUUUCCUGCCCCAUAUUGGCACUGGGGAGGAGAGUGUCCACACGUACCAGCAGCUGACCCAGGCUAUGGAUGAACUGGUUCGAAAGACUUUUCAAGACUGGACACAGACUGUGGAUAAGGACAGCAUUCGACGGCUGGACACCCCGCUGCUAGGGAUCAGCACGGAGAAGGCAGGAAUGUUGGAUGUCAACUUUGACAAGACCCUGCUGGUACUCUUUGUGGAGAUUUAUUUUUGGGAGCGGCUGCUGUUUGAGACUCCUCAUUAUGUGGUGAAUGUAGCUGAGCGUGCUGAGGACUUGAGAAUCCUGCGUGAAAAUUUGUUGCUCGUUGCCCGAGAUUACAACAGAAUCAUCGGGAUGCUGUCCCCAGAUGAGAGGGCCCUAUUCAAAGAACGAAUUCGUUUCUUGGACAAGAAGAUCCAUCCUGGUCUUAAGAAGCUGCAUUGGAUCCUGAAAGGAGCGAGCACUUUCUUCAUCAAUGAGUGUCGUAUACAUGCCAGCAAAGUGCAGAUGAUCGUGAAUGAUUUUAAAGCAUCCACACUGACAAUUGGCUGGAGGGCACAGGAAAUAUCUGAGACUCUCUUGGUUCACAUUACUGGCAAGAGGGUUUACCAGGAUCUAGAGUUUGAGGAGGACCAAAAGGAGCACCGAAAUGUAGCCCAGCGUAAGCUGAUGGCUCUACAUGAGGAGGUGGUGGAUAUCAUGAGUGAAACCUAUGAGGUCUUCAAGAAUGAUGGCCCUGAGAUUCAACAGCAGUGGUUACUGUACAUGAUUCGGUUGGAUCACAUGAUGGAAGAAGCUCUGCGCCUCAAUGUCAAGUGGUCACUGCUAGAAUUGUCCAAAGCUAUCAAUGGAGAUGGCAAGUCCACCCCCAACCCACUUUUCCGAGUCCUUGUCAUAUUGCAGAAUGAUGGAUCUGGAGGUGUGGCCCAGGUGGAAUUCUCACCCACUUUGCAGACCCUGGCCAAUGUGGUCAACAGUAUUGCCAGCCACCUCAUCAACACGAUCUCUGUCUUCCGCCACCUCCCUGAAAUUCUUGUCAAUCGAAGGACCACUCGUGACCCCAUCUUUGUGAUAGUGGAGCGAGAUGAGGACAUCAAGAAGAUCCAGGCACAAAUCAGUGGGGGGAUGACCACCAAUGCAGCCUUGCUCCAGAACUACCUCAAGACCUGGGACACGUACAGGGAAAUUUGGGAGAUCAACAAAGAUUCCUUCAUCCGACGCUACCAGCGCCUCAAUCCGCCCGUCUCUUCCUUUGAUGCUGACAUUGCCCGAUACACGGAGGUUGCCAAUAAUGUGCAAAAGGAAGAUACAGUCCUUAACAUCCAGUUCGUGCUUCUGGACUGUUCCCACCUCAAGUUCUCUUUGGUCCAACAUUGUAAUGAAUGGCAGAACAAGUUCACUACCCUGCUUAAGGAGAUGGCUGCUGGGCGCCUUAUGGACCUGCACAAUUAUCUGAGUGAAAAUGCUGAGAAAAUCAGCCGCCCACCCCAGACCCUGGAGGAACUUGGGAUUAGCCUUCAGCUCAUGGAGACUCUGCAGCAUGAUCUGGCCAAUAUGGAAAGCCAGAUACCUCCCAUUCAUGAGCAGUUCACCAUUUUGGAAAAGUAUGAGGUUCAAGUACCAGACAGUGUGCUAGAAAUGCUGGACAGCUUGAAUGGGGAAUGGGUUUCCUUCCAGCAAGUCCUGUUGGACAGUGAACAAAUGUUGAAACGGCAUAAGGAGAAGUUCAAGACAAGCCUCAUUCACUCAGCAGAUGACUUCAAGAAGAAAGCCCGUUCCCUUCUGGAGGAUUUCGAUACCAAAGGUCCCUUUACUAGCAGUGUGGGCUUUUCAGCAGCCCUGGAACAAAUUGCGGCUGUGCGGGCAAUGUUGGCUUCCAUGAGGGAAGAAGAAAACGCCCUUCACUCCAACCUGGGCAUCUUCAAGAUUGAACAACCUGCUUCCAAGGACCUACAGAACCUGGAAAAGGAGCUUGAUGCCCUGCAGCAGGUCUGGGAGAUCACACGGGAUUGGGAAGAGAACUGGAACCAGUGGAAGACGGGCCGGUUCCUGACGCUGCAGGCAGAGGCCAUGGAAAGCAUGGCCCAUGGGCUGUACCGCCGCCUCACCAGGCUGGGCAAAGAGUAUAAGGACCGAAACUGGGAAAUCAUUGAGACAACUCGGUCAAAAAUUGAGCAGUUCAAGCGUACAAUGCCCCUCAUAUCAGACCUGCGCAACCCAGCUCUCAGAGAAAGGCAUUGGGACCAGGUGAAGGAUGAGAUACAGAGGAUGUUUGAUCAAGAAUCAGACAGCUUCACCUUGGAACAGAUUGUGGAGCUUGGGAUGGAUCAACAUGUGGAAAAGAUUGGGGAAAUCUCUGCUUCAGCCACCAAAGAGCUGGCUAUAGAAGUGGCAUUACAAAAUAUUGCCAAGACCUGGGAUGUGACUCAGCUGGACAUAGUGCCCUACAAAGACAAAGGCCACCACAGGCUCAGAGGCACAGAAGAUGUAUUCCAGGCAUUGGAGGAUAACCAGGUGGCUCUGUCCACCAUGAAAGCGUCGCGUUUCGUCAAAGCAUUUGAAAAAGAGGUGGAUCUCUGGGAACGUUGCCUUUCCCUUAUCCUAGAGGUCAUUGAGAUGGUGCUUACCGUCCAACGCCAGUGGAUGUACCUAGAGAACAUUUUUCUGGGAGAGGACAUCCGUAAGCAGCUGCCCCAGGAGUCAGCCUCUUUCGACCAAAUCAACCAGAGUUGGAAAACGAUCAUGGAUCGGAUGACCAAAGAUAACAAUGCCCUCCGUAGCACUCACUAUCCAGGCCUCCUAGACAAACUGGUGGAGAUGAACACAGGCUUAGAAAAUAUCCAGAAGUCUUUGGACAUGUACCUAGAGACAAAGCGCCAUGUCUUCCCACGCUUCUACUUUUUGUCCAAUGAUGACCUGCUGGAGAUACUGGGCCAGUCCCGAAACCCUGAAGCUGUGCAGCCCCACCUCAAAAAAUGUUUUGACAACAUUAAGUCACUACGAAUGCAGAAGAUGGGUGGAGUCAGCAGCAAGUGGGAAGCUGUAGGAAUGUUCUCGGGUGAUGGAGAAUAUAUUGAUUUUCUCCAUGCUGUGCUUUUGGAAGGACCUGUUGAGGCUUGGCUCUGUGAUGUUGAACGUGCCAUGCGAAACACCCUGAGGGAACUGCUCCGGAACAGCCGAAUUGCCCUCAAAAAGUUUCUGAACAAGCGAGAUAAGUGGGUGAAGGAAUGGCCUGGCCAGAUGGGCAUCACUUCCAGUCAGAUUCAGUGGACGACUGAUGUUACCAAGUCCCUGCAGGUAGCUAAAGAGCGCUCGGACAAGAAAGUCCUCAAGGUCAUGAGAAAGAAGCAGGUAUCAAUACUCAACAAGUUCUCAGAGGCCAUCCGGGGAAACUUGACCAAGAUCCUCCGACUUAAGAUUGUGGCCUUGGUAACCAUAGAGGUUCAUGCCCGUGAUGUGAUAGAGAAGCUCUACAAGAGUGGUCUUAUGGACGUCAAUGCCUUUGAGUGGCUCAGCCAACUCCGCUUCUACUGGGAAAAGGACCUUGAUGACUGCAUAAUACGACAGACCAACACACAGUUCCAGUAUGGCUAUGAGUACUUAGGUAACUCUGGUCGGCUUGUCAUCACUCCUCUGACAGACAGGUGCUACAUGACUCUGACAACAGCCCUGCAUCUGCAUCGUGGGGGCUCUCCCAAAGGCCCAGCUGGCACUGGUAAGACAGAGACAACCAAAGACCUGGGCAAAGCCCUGGGCAUGUAUGUCAUCGUGGUCAACUGUUCAGAAGGUCUUGACUACAAGUCCAUGGGUCGAAUGUACUCAGGGCUGGCCCAGACAGGAGCUUGGGGCUGCUUUGACGAGUUUAAUCGAAUAAACAUCGAGGUGCUAUCUGUCGUGGCCCAGCAGAUCCUCUCCAUCCUCUCAGCCUUGGCAGCAGGCCUCACCCGAUUCCUCUUUGAAGGUUUUGAAAUCAAUCUUGUCUGGUCCUGUGGGAUCUUCAUUACUAUGAAUCCUGGCUAUGCGGGCCGUACAGAGCUUCCUGACAACCUGAAGUCCAUGUUCCGCCCCAUAUCCAUGGUGGUGCCUGAUUCCACUCUCAUUGCGGAAAUCAUUCUGUUUGGGGAAGGUUUUGGUAACUGCAAGAUCCUGGCUAAGAAAGUGCACACACUUUACUCACUGGCUGUGCAGCAGCUUUCCAAGCAGGACCACUAUGACUUUGGCCUUCGAGCCCUCACCUCUCUCUUGCGAUUCGCUGGCAAGAAGCGUCGACUGCAACCUGAUCUGGCUGAUGAAGAGGUGUUACUGCUUUCCAUGAGGGAUAUGAACAUUGCCAAGCUAACCUCCGUGGAUGUGCCAUUGUUCAAUGCAAUUGUACAGGACCUUUUCCCCAACAUUGAGCUUCCGGUCAUUGACUAUGGCAAGCUUCGUGAGACAAUUGAGAUUGAACUUCGGGACCUGGGGCUACAGAACACACCAUUCACCAUGACUAAAGUUAUCCAGUUGUAUGAAACUAAGAAUUCACGUCAUUCCUCUAUGAUUGUGGGCUGCACGGGCAGUGCCAAGACGGUCACCUGGCGCGUUCUGCAAGCAUCCUUGUCCACUCUCUGCAGAGCUGGAGAGCCCAACUUCAACAUUGUUAAGGAGUUUCCUUUGAACCCUAAGGCAGUAUCUCUAGGAGAGCUGUAUGGUGAAUAUGACCUCAACACUAACGAGUGGACAGACGGUGUCUUGUCCAGCGUUAUGCGGACUGCCUGUGCAGAUGAAAAGCCAGAUGAGAAAUGGAUCCUUUUUGAUGGUCCGGUGGACACAUUAUGGAUUGAGAGCAUGAACUCUGUCAUGGAUGACAACAAAGUGCUGACCCUUAUCAAUGGAGAGCGCAUCUCCAUGCCUGAGCAGGUGUCCCUGCUAUUUGAGGUGGAGAACUUGGCUGUGGCCUCUCCAGCCACUGUGUCUCGCUGUGGGAUGGUUUAUACUGAUUACAGUGACCUGGGAUGGAAACCUUAUGUUCAAUCCUGGCUAGAGAAGAGACCAAAGGGUGAGGUAGAACCACUCCAGCGGAUGUUUGACAAAUUCGUCAACAGAAUGCUGACCUUUAAGAAGGAAAACUGCCAAGAAUUGAUUGCUGUCCCUGAAUAUAGUGGCAUCAUGUCCCUCUGCAAACUCUUCUCGGCUCUAGCCACACCAGAGAAUGGGGUAAACCCAGCUGAUGGUGAAAACUAUACCACAAUGGUGGAGAUGACCUUUGUAUUCAGUCUUAUUUGGUCAGUGUGUGCAUCUGUGGAUGAGGAAAGCCGCAAGAAGAUAGACAGUUUCCUCCGGGAACUUGAGGGAUCCUUUCCCAACAAGGACACAGUGUUUGAGUACUUUGUGGACCCCAAGUUGAAGAAUUGGAUGACAUUUGAGGAAAAGUUGCCCAAGAGUUGGCGGUAUCCCCCAAAUGCCCCCUUCUAUAAGAUCAUGGUGCCCACUGUGGACACUGUCCGAUACAACUACUUGGUGAGCGCCCUUGUGGCCAGCCAAAACCCGAUCCUCUUAGUUGGUCCUGUGGGCACAGGCAAGACAUCCAUUGCUCAAAGCGUCCUGCAGGCCCUGCCCACCAGCCAGUGGGCUGUGCUCACUGUCAACAUGUCUGCUCAGACUACAUCUAACAAUGUGCAAAGCAUCAUUGAAAGCCGUGUGGAGAAGCGCACAAAGGGUGUAUAUGUACCAUUCGGAGGGAAGAGCAUGAUCACCUUCAUGGAUGACCUGAACAUGCCAGCCAAGGACACAUUUGGCUCUCAGCCACCCUUGGAGCUACUACGCCUCUGGAUUGACUAUGGCUUCUGGUACGACCGGGGAAAACAGACCAUUAAGCAUAUCAAAGACAUGUUCCUGAUGGCUGCCAUGGGACCUCCAGGGGGCGGAAGGACAGUCAUCUCCUCAAGACUUCAGAGUAGAUUCCAUCUCAUCAACAUGACUUUUCCCACAGAAUCCCAGAUUCUCCGUAUCUUUGGUACCAUGAUCAAUCAGAAGCUUCAGGACUUUGAGGAAGAGGUAAAGCCCAUCGGGAAUGUGGUGACUGAAGCCACCUUAGAAGUUUAUAAUACUGUGGUACAACGUUUCCUUCCCACACCUGCCAAGAUUCACUACCUCUUCAACCUUCGAGACAUUUCUAAGGUAUUCCAGGGCAUGCUUAGAGCCAACAAGGCCUUCCAUGAUACCAAGGCCAGCAUCACUCGACUCUGGAUCCAUGAGUGUUUCAGAGUGUUCUCUGACCGACUGGUGGAUACAACAGACACUGAGGCCUUUGUGAGCAUCCUGAAUGAAAAACUUGGAACUUUCUUUGACCUCACCUUUCAUAACCUUUGUCCUAACAAGCGCCCACCCAUCUUUGGGGACUUCAUGAGGGAGCCCAAGGUAUAUGAAGAUCUGGUCGAUCUGACAGUACUAAAGACAGCCAUGGAGACUGCACUGGAUGAGUACAACUUGUCCCCUGGGGUUGUGCAAAUACAGCUGGUGCUGUUCCGAGAGGCCAUUGAACACAUCACACGGAUAGUGCGGGUCAUCGGACAGCCUCGAGGUAACAUGCUAUUGGUGGGAAUUGGAGGCAGUGGGCGCCAGAGCCUCGCCCGUUUGGCAUCCUCUAUCUGCGAGUACAUUACCUUCCAGAUCGAAGUUACCAAGUAUUAUCGAAAGCAGGAGUUCCGGGAAGAUAUCAAGCGUCUCUACCGCCAGGCUGGGGUAGAACUGAAGGCCACCUCCUUCCUUUUUGUGGACACCCAGAUUGCUGAUGAGUCAUUCCUGGAGGACAUUAACAACAUUCUUAGUUCGGGCGAGGUCCCCAAUCUCUACAAAACUGAUGAAUUUGAGGAGAUCCAGAGACAGAUCAUAGACCAGGCAAAGCAGGAGCAGGUGUCUGAGACCUCAGAUAGUCUCUUUGCCUACCUUAUUGAACGUGUGAGGAACAAUCUGCACAUUGUGCUUUGCCUCAGCCCUGUGGGGGAUCCCUUCAGGAACUGGAUCAGACAAUACCCAGCCCUGGUGAACUGUACAACCAUCAACUGGUUCUCUGAGUGGCCCCGUGAGGCCCUGUUGGAGGUGGCCGAGAAGUACCUCAUGGGUGUGGACCUUGGGACUGAGGAAAACAUCCACAAGAAGGUUGCCCAGAUUUUCGUCACUAUGCACUGGUCAGUGGCCCACUACUCCCAGAAGAUGCUGUUGGAGCUUCGAAGACACAACUAUGUCACCCCCACCAACUACCUGGAGCUCGUUUCUGGAUACAAAAAAUUACUGGCAGAGAAGAAGCAGGAACUAUUAGACCAAGCUAAUAAGCUUCGGACUGGGCUGUUUAAGAUCGAUGAAACUCGAGAGAAAGUGCAAGUGAUGUCAUUGGAGCUUGAGGAGGCCAAGCAAAAGGUGGCAGAGUUCCAGAAACAGUGUGAAGAAUACCUGGUUAUCAUUGUACAGCAGAAGCGAGAAGCUGAUGAGCAGCAAAAGGCUGUGACAGCUAAUAGUGAGAAGAUUGCAGUGGAGGAAGUCAAGUGCAAAGCACUGGCAGACAAUGCCCAGAAGGACCUGGAGGAGGCAUUGCCUGCCCUGGAGGAGGCCAUGAGGGCUCUAGAAUCCCUGAAUAAGAAGGACAUUGGAGAGAUCAAAUCAUACGGACGGCCACCCACUCAAGUGGAAACAGUGAUGCAGGCUGUAAUGAUCCUCCGUGGAAAUGAGCCCACCUGGGCAGAGGCCAAAAGGCAGCUAGGGGAACAGAACUUCAUCAAGUCGCUGAUCAACUUUGACAAAGACAACAUCUCAGAUAAAGUACUGAAGAAGAUUGGGGCAUUUUGCGCCCAGCCUGACUUUCAGCCUGACAUCAUUGGCCGAGUCUCUCUCGCUGCCAAAUCCCUCUGUAUGUGGGUCCGGGCCAUGGAGCUGUACGGGCGUCUCUAUCGGGUGGUGGAACCUAAGAGGGCGCGAAUGAAUGCUGCCCUGGCUCAGCUACAGGAGAAGCAAGCAGCACUAGCUGAAGCCCAGGAGAAGCUUCGAGAGGUGGCUGAAAAGCUGGAGAUGCUAAAGAAACAAUAUGAUGAGAAGCUGACUCAGAAGGAAGAGCUCCGGAAGAAGUCAGAAGAGAUGGAGUUGAAACUGGAACGGGCUGGGAUGCUGGUGUCUGGGCUGGCAGGCGAGAAAGCCCGAUGGGAGGAAACUGUACAGGGCCUUGAGGAGGACCUGGGCUACCUUGUAGGAGACUGCCUUUUGGCAGCUGCCUUCCUGUCCUACAUGGGUCCCUUCCUGACCAAUUAUCGAGAUGAGAUUGUUUCCCACAUCUGGGUCAAAAAGAUCCGAGAGCUGCAAGUCCCCUGCUCACCUGGAUUCACCUUCGACAGCUUUCUCUCUAACCCCACCAAGGUCCGAGACUGGAACAUCCAAGGGUUGCCUUCUGAUAACUUCUCCACUGAGAACGGCAUUAUCGUCACUCGCGGCAACCGGUGGGCAUUGAUGAUUGACCCCCAGGGUCAGGCCUUGAAGUGGAUCAAGAACAUGGAGGGCCGCCAGGGCUUGAAGGUCAUUGACCUACAGAUGAGUGAUUACCUUCGUAUCCUAGAAGGGGCCAUCCAGCAUGGGAAUCCGGUGCUCUUGCAGAAUGUACAAGAAUACUUGGAUCCCACACUCUCUCCUGUCCUCAACAAGUCUGUCACCAGAAUUGGGGGCAGGCUGCUGAUGCGCCUAGGAGACAAAGAGGUGGACUACAACCCUGAUUUUCGCUUCUAUAUCACCACCAAACUGUCCAACCCCCACUACAGUCCAGAGACCUCAGCCAAAACUACCAUUGUCAAUUUUGCUGUCAAGGAACAGGGCCUUGAAGCCCAGCUACUGGGCAUUGUGGUGCGGAAGGAGAGACCUGAGCUUGAGGAGCAAAAGGAUUCGCUGGUCAUCAACAUAGCUGCUGGCAAGAGGAAAAUCAAAGAACUGGAGGAUGAGAUCCUCAGGCUGCUGAACGAAGCCACGGGGUCUCUGUUGGAUGACGUACAGCUGGUCAACACCCUGCAGACUUCCAAGGUGACAGCAGCUGAAGUGACCGAGCAGCUGGAGACCAGUGAGACUACAGAGAUCAAUAUCGACAUAGCCCGUGAGGCAUAUCGUCCCUGUGCCCAGCGUGCUUCAGUCCUAUUCUUUGUGCUCAAUGAUAUGGGUCGAAUUGACCCAAUGUACCAGUUCUCUUUGGACUCCUACAUCAGCCUCUUCAUCCUCAGCAUUGAUAAGAGCCACCGAAGCAACAAACUUGAAGACCGCAUUGACUACCUUAAUGAAUACCACACCUAUGCUGUCUACAGAUACACCUCUCGAACCCUUUUUGAGCGCCACAAGUUGCUCUUCAGCUUUCAAAUGUGUGCCAAAAUCCUAGAGACUUCUGGGAAGCUCAAUAUGGAUGAGUACAACUUUUUUCUACGAGGAGGUGUGGUCUUGGAUAGGGAAGGUCAGAUGGACAAUCCUUGCACCAGCUGGUUGGCCGAUGCCAACUGGGACAACAUCACCGAGCUGGACAAACUGGCUAACUUCCACGGGCUCAUGAAUUCCUUUGAGCAGUAUCCUCGUGACUGGAACCUGUGGUACACCAGUUCAACACCCGAGAAGGCGAUGCUGCCUGGUGAGUGGGAAAAUGCCUGCAACGAGAUGCAGCGGAUGCUCAUAGUCCGAUCCCUUCGCCAGGACCGAGUGGCCUUCUGCGUCACGUCUUUCAUCGUCUCCAACCUAGGCUCUCGAUUCAUUGAGCCUCCUGUGUUAAACAUGAAGUCGGUGAUGGAGGAUUCAACGCCACGUACGCCGCUCAUCUUUAUUCUGUCCCCAGGAGUGGACCCUACUAGUGCUCUGCUACAGCUGGCAGAGCAGAUAGGCAUGGCCCAGUACUUCCAUGCCUUGUCUCUGGGUCAGGGCCAGGCUCCUAUUGCUGCUCGACUCAUCCGUGAUGGUGUACAACAGGGGCACUGGGUGUUCCUGGCCAACUGCCACCUGUCACUUUCUUGGAUGCCACAACUGGAUAAGCUUGUGGAGCAGCUGCAGGUGGAGGAGCCUCACCCAGCUUUUCGCUUGUGGCUCAGUUCCAGCCCCCACCCUGAUUUCCCCAUCUCCAUCCUGCAAGUCAGCAUCAAGAUGACCACUGAACCACCCAAAGGUCUGAAAGCCAACAUGAAGCGGCUGUACCAGUUGAUGACAGAAGCACAGUUUUCCCGCUGCAGCAAGCCAAACAAAUAUAAGAAGCUGCUAUUUGCCCUUUGCUUCUUCCACUCGGUACUGCUUGAGCGUAAGAAGUUUCUGCAGCUUGGCUGGAACAUCAUUUAUGGCUUCAACGACUCUGAUUUUGAGGUAUCUGAGAACCUUCUGAGCCUGUACCUUGAUGAGUAUGAGGAGACACCGUGGGAUGCCCUCAAGUACCUGAUCGCUGGUGUCAACUACGGAGGACACGUCACCGAUGACUGGGACCGGCGCCUCCUCGUCACAUACAUCAAUGAUUAUUUCUGCGAACAGAGCUUAAAUACUCCCUUUUUCCGACUUUCCAUACUGGAUACCUAUUGCAUUCCUAAAGAUGGGAACCUGGCUUCUUAUAAAGAAUACAUCAGCAUGCUUCCAAGCAUGGACCCGCCUGAGGCUUUUGGCCAGCACCCCAAUGCAGAUGUAGCAUCUCAGAUCACUGAAGCACGUACUCUAUUUGAGACCCUGCUCUCCCUGCAGCCCCAAAUCACACCCACUGGGACUGGGGCCCAAAGCCGGGAGGACAAGGUCCUUGAGCUGGCAGCUGAUGUGAAACAGAAGAUACCUGAGACAAUUGACUAUGAAGGGACCCGAAAUCUUCUGGCACUGGACCCUUCCCCACUCAAUGUGGUCCUGCUACAAGAGAUCCAGAGAUACAACAAGCUUAUGGAAACCAUUCUGUUCUCACUGAUAGAGCUGGAAAAGGGUAUUCAUGGUCUUGUUGUCAUGUCCACCAGUCUGGAGGAGAUUUUCAACAGCAUUUUUGAUGCACGUGUCCCCAUCCUCUGGGAGAAGGCCUAUCCAUCUCGAAAGCCUCUAGCAUCUUGGACUCGGGACCUUGCACUUCGAGUAGAACAGUUUGCAACAUGGGCUAGCAGAGCCCGACCUCCUGUGCUUUUCUGGUUGUCUGGGUUUACGUUUCCCACAGGCUUCCUGACUGCUGUGCUGCAAGCUGCUGCCCGUCAGAAUAAUGUCUCCAUCGACAGCCUCUCUUGGGAGUUCAUUGUUUCUACGGUAGAUGACAGUAACUUAGUGUAUCCACCCAAGGAUGGUGUUUGGGUUCGUGGCCUAUUCUUGGAAGGUGCAGGUUGGGAUCGGAAGAAUUCAUGCUUAGCAGAGGCAGAGCCUAUGCAACUUGUCUGUCCUAUCCCUACCAUACACUUCAAACCCACCGAGAGCCGAAAGAAGAGUGCUAAGGGCAUGUAUUCCUGUCCCUGCUAUUACUACCCCAACCGGGCAGGCUGUGCUGACCGUGCUUCUUUUGUAAUUGGCAUUGACCUUAAGGCUGGAAGCAUGCCACCUGACCACUGGGUCAAGAGAGGAACUGCAUUGCUGAUGAGUUUAGACAGCUAAGGGGAAGCUCUGGGAGUAACUAGGAACCUUGGAACCCUGAUCACCUGAGGAGAGGAGUUUGGGUGUCUGAAAUCUAACUUCUGAAUCUGGGGAAGGAGGGGCUAGAGACC